CAGGUGACAUGGCUUGUUUUAUUCACUGUUGUUUACUUGUCCUGUGACUCCAAGGAGCAAGAAACGUUGACAGCGUUUCCUUCUCCUUCAAUUUACCUUACCAUCACUUCAAAUGGAUCUGUUUUCCUUGGAAACAUAACAAUUCCAGCAGGUGAGCACACGUUAUAUUCACGCCUCAAUAGUGUUUUACAAAGAUUGGUCUUUGAUUCAGCGAUUUGAAACAUUUGAAUUCCUGUACACGUUGUAAGAAGACAUGAUUCAUCAGCUCAGUUCAGUAAUAGUAGUUUGCUUCUAGAUAAUAUAUAUAUAUAUAAAAGAAACGACAAUGGUCUUACUUGAAGCAAAAAAGGGGGUUCAGGACACUGAUACUAAGAAAGAUCAUAAGCAAUGAGCUGAAGAUGAAGGAAUUCCAAUUGUUUUCUUGUAGAGAACGUGACAAUGAAUGCAAGUGUUAGUAUUAAUCCAAACCGAUCCAGUGCGGCAGUAAUGAACACGAGCGCUUCCAUAAUCAGUAAGAUAACGGGAACCACAAAGACCGAAAACAGUAAGUGUAUGUUUUGCCAGUCCGAGAUAAAUACAACAAUGACGGGCGAAAUAACAAUUCCAAGCUAAAGGGAAACGCUGAGAUUCGAGGGGAACAAAAUUUGCUGUUUCCAGGGAAAUUGUGCAGUCGUUAAGUGAUAUCAGAAUCUCGCUCGAAAAUACUACUUACAUUGAUUUUGAAGGAGAAGCAUGGAUCAAAAAUCACUUGAAAAAUUAUUCUUAGUUUUACUUGAAUGGUUCCGCUUUCAGUGAUUGUUCAAUACAGGUGGAGGACAAUAAGAACAGGCCGUUGGGACUUAGUAAAGGGUGACUGCAACCGCUUAAUAAAGGUGACAGCUUAUAACAGUGGUUAAGAGGAAACAAAUUCAGAAUUUUGGCGACUGACAGCUUAAUACGGGGUAGCCGCCUAACACAGUGCUUAAUACAGCUCUUGACUGUAGUGAACUCCGUAUUGUGGUGUUAAAAUGUUUCAUUUGAUGACAUGUGAAAGAGUCGCUUUGACACUCAAGCGAUUUCCGUUUAUAAAUUGACAAGCAACUUAACAAUUCUAAUAAGUGCAUCUCAUGGCGAUUCAUAGAUGUCUUGUUUCGUGUUUAUUAGAAUGGCUGUAUUUUAUUGGAUGAAAUCUGUUAUAAAAACUACGAUGUGCUUUGAAAUAAACUUUAUGAUUGUCAUAGAAGUAACGACGAGGGCAAAUUUACAGCGUUUUCUCAAACAAGGAAGAUUCAUUAGUGACUCUUUAGCUCAUGGUUUCGUUUCCUUUUAAUUUUUGAAGAUACCUUCUUUGUGGAGUUCAAAACAGGAGCGUUGGAAUGGAGUCCCGAUCUUACCAAGGAAUAUCACAAUAACUUCAUCAACAGUGCCAAUGAAAUUGUUCAAAUAGUUAGUAAAGAUUUAACUAGUAACAAAAACAAGUAUAUUUUGCACUGAAAAAAAGAUUUAUCUUCUCCUGUCUGCGCUCUUAUGGUGUGUCCCAGUUCAAUGAAAAGUGAAAUAUUACUAAUUUGUGUAACGUUAGUGUAGUACCUUGCAUUGUCAAUAUUUGUCAAGAAAAACUGACAACGGUCUGCGGUCACUAUGUGUCCUCUAGCAUUGUUCAUAUCCUAGCCUCAAUGCUCUGAAAAGCUGGGUUUAAAUCUAGAUUUGCAGAGACAAGCUACGUAAUAAUAGCACCCCGAUCUUUGUAUUUCAUAAUUUAUAUGCAAAGCCUCUAAUGCCUUUUCACGAACUCACGUAUAAUUUUUAUUUUUAACAACAGCUAAAACAUAAGAUUUCGCAAACUACAUUAGGUCCAUGUAGAUAUUUAUAGCUUAUGCAACUAACACCUUUUCUGUCACAGAUUGACAGCAUAUAUAAGAAUGCAAACAUGUCGUCUAGUUUCGAUGGCAGCCGCGUUAUUGGCUUCAGGUCUGUAGCUCACUGUUCUCAUGUAGUAUUAUUGUGUAGUGUUAUAUGUACUCUAUUCAUGCACCUCCUAAAGCUUCUGUCACAUUGUAAAAAUAAAAAAAAAAAACAUUUCUUUCUCUCCAGGGAAGGCGGGUAUGUAUCGGUAAAGCUACAGUUCAAUGAAGGUGACAUUAACAACCUGGAUGUCAUUAUUCAAUUCUUACGAGAAGGAGGAGGGGACUUGUUGACGGACAAAGUUUAUCUUAAGCUUGGAAAAAUUGGUAGGUGAAUUGACUUAAUAUCCAGGGCUAAAAUGGUAGCACAAAAUCGAGAAUGAAAAAUGCAGUUGUUUAACCUCUACUUAUAUCUACCAAUGACAGCUUAUUCACCAGUUAAAAUAGUUUCAAGUUUAUUGCUUGGACUACCUGAGACCAAGCAGUCUACAACAAUGACUUACUUUUACCAGAAAACAAGGGGAAAACUAGUUGGUAUUUAUUAGUACAUACAUACAUAAGUAUAUACAUAAAUAAACUUUAUCUAGUCUUAAACCAAAAUACUAGUAUCUCUGAGCUAACUGCAUUAAUAAUUAUAAUAACGAGUUAAUUCCAUACAACAAUUAACUUGCCAAAUUGACUUAGCGUACUUGUACUGAAAUAUAAGAUUUAAAUCCACUCAUUAUUCGAUUCAACAAAACAGUAGCAUGCAAUAAUUGUAAAAUUCUAGUCAAAUUAAUAACUUUUCGUCGUAAUCUGAAUCGAUAAUAUAAAAAUAGUUUUAUAGACUUAUAAAGUGGUAAAUCUUCCAGCUUCCUUUUUUGAGUUAUGAUUUUAGAAGUUUUAGACUGUGUUUAAGUCCAGCAAUCAACUCUCUAUUUAAGAAGCUUUGAAGAAACUAUUUGUAUUUAUCUCAGUUGGUAAAUUUUAUAUAACGUACUUUGUUCGAUCUAUAGCCGACUGUAUCACAUCCUAUGUGGACACCUCAUUAUGUGACUGCUUGUCCAUGAGUUACAAGCGUCGAUUGACAUGUCGUCAGCCAGAGAUACAUGGCGGUGAGGACUGCCCUGAGCGAUGCUAUACUGGCCACCUGAUCGCCGGCUACAAGUCUUGUACUUGGGACGAUUUAGACGCGUUUAAAUGUGCUGCCAGUAAAACAAAGGCCACUUAUAUUAUUAUGUCGUUCGUAUUACCGCUUUAUUCGGUAACUUUUGUCAACUGA